AUGGUCAGGGCCGAUGCUGCGGUUACGAUAAAGGUACUUCAACAAGCGACAGAAGCUGAUUACGGUUUCAGGCCUAGUUACAGGAAGGUUUGGAUGGCUAAGCAGAAGGCAGUGGCACAAAUAUAUGGAGAUUGGGAAGAGUCUUACGCAGAGUUGCCACGUUGGAUGCUAGGGAUCCAGGCGACAAUGCCAGGAACAAUCACGGUGCUGAAGACGUCUCCUAUUCGGAUUGGUGGUGGGGUUGAUGAGUCGACGGUGUACUUUCACCGGCUUUUCUGGACAUUUCCACCCUGUAUCGAGGCAUUCUGGCAUUGCAAGCCGCUCGUCAGUAUUGAUGGUACCCACUUGUAUGGGAAGUAUGGAAGGACGCUGUUGUUGGCGAUAGCUCAGGACGGGAACUCGAACAUCCUGCUGAUAGCAUUUGCCCUUGUGGAGGGCGAAAAUGCAGAGUCGUGGUCAUUCUUCAUGUCCAAUCUCCGAGAGCAUGUGACUCCUCAGGAGGGUAUCCUUGUAAUCUCUGACAGACAUAAUGGGAUCAAGGCAGCGCUUGAGGCACCUGAGACUGGAUGGCUGCCUCCUCGGGCUUUCCGGGCCUACUGUAUAAGGCAUGUGGCUGCGAAGUUCGCCCUAACGUUCAAAGGUAAGGACUCAAGGAGGUUGCUGGUGAAUGCUGCCUACGCAAAGACUGAGGCAGAGUUUUACUACUGGUUUGAUAUCAUGCGGACUGAGAAUCCAGCAAUGUGUGAGUGGGCCAACCGUAUGGAGUAUGACAAAUGGACCCAACAUGAGGAUGCUGGUCGACGGUUCGGGCACAUGACCACAAACAUCAGUGAAUGUGUGAACUCCGUGCUAAAGGGAACUCACAACCUGCCGGUCACAUCGUUGGUUAAGUCAACCUACGGGAGGUUUGCUCAGCUAUUUGUGGUACGGGGACAGACAGCAGAGGCACAACUCGGAUCUGGCCAUGAAUUCUGUCAGGCAUUGGUCAAGGCUAUUGAUCGGAACCUAAGAGACUCUAGGUGCUUUACUGUGACAUUAUACGACAGGCAUCAGUUCGAGUACACCGUCGCUGAGACAACACCAACGGGGACCUUCUCGCUGGGUAGCUAUAGAGUUUCCCUUAAAGAUCACCGAUGCGACUGUGGCCACUUCCAAGCGCUGCAUUAUCCUUGUUGCCACGCCAUUGCGUGUUGCGCCUACUCCCGGCUUAACUGGGCGUCAUAUGUUCACGAAGUGUAUCGUAUGAGUGAGGUGUUCAACGUUUACAACCAGGGGUUUCUCCCACCUAUCCCUGAAGGACUAUGGCCUCCAUAUGCUGGGCCAACAAUCAUUCCUGACCCUAAUAUGCGGCGUGCAAAGGAAGGUUGUCCGAAGGCAACUAGGAUCUGUGGAAGCAUGGAUCAGUCUCAGGAGAAUCAGCCGAAGCGUUGUGGGCUAUGCCGUCAGCCUGGGCAUACGCGGAGGAACUGUCACCAGCGAAGACAAAGUAGUGGAGGGGAUGCGUAG